AUGCUUGUUGCCAGCUCACCAGUCUCAUGUGGUAACUGCACAACGGAAGUGUAUCAAGUGAUUGGCCAUCCGGUCGUUCUGACUCUAGCCCAGCAACGCUGCAAAGAUGGACUGAAGUCUAGAUCAAUUGGCAUGGCUCCAACUGCUUUCAGACCGGUUAUGGGUUUCCCAUCCCUGGGUCUGCAACAGAAAGAGUUUAUUGGACCACAAAAUGAGGCAAUCUGA